CUCACAACUCUCACCAUGGCUUCAAAACAAGCGAACCGUCAAGCCAUUACCCUCAAGGGCUCUACCGCACUGGUCACUGAAUUCUUCAAGUAUGCGGUCAACACGAUACUUUUCCAACGGGAGGUGUACCCGUCUGACGAUUUUCAUAUGGUGAAGAAAUAUGGGCAAACUGUUCUCGUCACUCAAGAUCUCGCGCUGGAGAACUACCUCGAAAGAAUACUAAAACAAGUUCAGAAAUGGCUGCUUACUGGCUCCGUUACACAACUCGUUCUCGCUAUUAUUUCAAAGGAUAGCCGGACGCCUCUAGAACGCUGGGUGUUUGAUAUCAAACUUGUUGAUCCACCAGCGGACUCUGCAACUGAAACGCCACCGAAACCAGAGGCAGAAAUUCAAUCAGAGAUCCGAGCCAUUCUGAAGCAGAUCAUUUCGAUGGUCACCUACCUGCCGGUGAUACAUGAACCAACAGUGUUCAAUAUUCUGGCAUACACGUCUGACUCUGCAGACGUUCCUGCUGGUGAAUGGGUUGAUACUGAUCCGUUGGCGAUUGAGGCGAGCAAGAGUCAGCAAGUGAAGAUGAGGAGUUUCAGUACGGACGUGCACAGGAUUGAAGCCAUGGUCGCGUAUCGAUAUGAAGAGUAGUGGCAUGUGUAUAAUAAUGUACUAUAAUUUUUUGGCAGAUAGAUGGUUGCCCUUGACCG